AACCAGCAAUACUGGUGACAAUAAAUAAAAUUAUAAUCGAUUUAUAAAUCUACUCUUGUUAUCAGCGGCUCCUGUCUUGAUAACAAGCUACCGUCAUCAUCCUGGGCACAAAAAUUUAAGAAGUUGAAAAUGGACGAAAAGCCAAGCUGGCAUGGGAAUGUAAUGAGACUCAGGUCCGAAAAUGGGUUUAAUUUGACCAUACAAGAUGAUGGGCACGUUUUGGGCACAAGGGAUGAUAAUUUAGACAAUGUCCUGGUUGUUAGUUCAAGUGGGGAGAUUUCCCAUGUCAGGAUUCAAGGAGCGAAGAGUAAACGGUAUCUGUGUUUUGACGAUUCGGGAAAUUUGUACGCGGAAGAAGACAAAAAUAAAGACGGGGCCAUUUUUAAAGAAAUCCUUCAAGGUUCGUACAACGGAUAUGUAUCAAAAAAUCAUCCGGACUGGUACAUUGGGAUUAAAAAAGAUGGGAACAUGAAGAAUGGAAAACGGACGCAGUGGGGCAAAAAAUCAGUGAAAUUUUUGCCCAACAGAAAUGUAUCGGAAGCGGAAUUGCAACAGCUAGACUCCAGUUGAUGUUUUAAAUAAUUGAGUAUUUCUACGUAAUAAGUAUUAGCAGAUGUUUAAGCAAAACCUUGAGCGAUAGCUCCAAAAUUAGAUUCGUCUAUAAUUGUGAGAGGAAGUCGGAUUGGCAUAAAUUUUAACUAGAAUUUGAAUUUCUUGUUUAUUGGCGGUUUUACUUUGUAAAAUUUUAUUGUCAUGUCAACGCUGUCCAAUUAUGUUUUUUUUCGAAGGCUAGGAAAAAUGCUGGAUAUUAAAAAAACAAAUGCAGUCACACAAAAGUUAGAUUAUUUAUUUUAUUGAAAUAACGAAAGUUAGACAUAAUUCGUCGAUUUCUUUAUGUUUUCUAGUGAAAUUUCUUAAGAUAAGGAAGUUAUUGACUCAGGUACGAGCUGAGUCAUUGGCUGAAAUCACCUAUACGCACAAAAGUAUUUGUUGUAUUUUGUAUUUAUGUUUCUUUAUAUCUUUUAUUUAUGUAUGGUGUUACAUAUUGUUUUUUUGAAUAUAUUUUUGAAUUCGUAACUUUUUAAAACCUCGCAAAAUAAGUGAAUUACUGGCUCAAAAUUUUUAAAGUAGCGCUCAAAACUUGAUUUAGCGAACUUUGGAGACAAAAACUGUGGAACUUUAGCUAGGUCGAGGAUGAGAGGAGUGUAUGUGUAAAAAAACAACUGAUUAAAAAAGUAUUUCUUUAUUUCGUCUUAAUAAUAAAUUAAUUUAACAUUUUGCAGCUUUCUCGUUUCCAACGAAUACAAAUUACAGUCAUUUAACGAGUUACAUUUCGCAUUUUUACCUGUAUUCCCGUCCCGAGAUAUACAAAUCCUCAUUAUAGCCAUUUCAACUCGUCGAAAGCCCCAAUCACGACGUAUUCUCCUGCACCUUGGCAAUUUUUUUCCUAGCCGCCACCGGCGAUUUAUUUUUUUCCGUCCCGGAAUCAUUAUCCGAACUCACUCCGUUCCGCAUUUUACAAUCUUCACUCACACUUUUACUCUUCCGUCUUUGCCGUUUAUUGUCUUUUAAAAACUCACUCAACUGUUUAAACUUCUGUUCCCACGCCUCGCCCUGUCUUUGCACUAUAUCGCCAUGUUUCAAGAUAAAAUCGUUAUCAGUGGGCAACACCAACUCCCAGCCUUUAUUAUGACGAAGACGCGAGAAGCCCGUGAAGAUUUCCUUCACCUCUUCCGAGGGGAUCUUCAUCACCGAGGAGACCUUUUUCCGCUCAACGUACUGAUUUUUAGUGAAUAAAUACAACUGGAAGAAAACACUGAAACAUGAUAAAAACAA